CUCGCGCAUUACCGCUACGGUACGCUCGACGAUCAGUUCAGUCAGCUCGGCCGCACAAACACGUCGUCACUUCCGCGUCUGUCGGCGCAGUCGUCGUCGUAGUCUUUUUCGUCGACCGGUGUUUUGAUUUAUUUUUCGCCUCCACUCGACGAAAAACAUCGAUUCAACCGCGAAUUCGAUGUGAUUUUUUUCUUCUCGUUCGCGACAGACCAGCACGUGAGAUUCGCUUCACAUGCGUUUUCCGACGUUUGUCUCCACAUUAUUCCAUAACACUAUCCGCACGGUAUAUAUUAAUAUUUACUUACCUUAAUUGUUACCGUCGUCGAUACCGUUAUCAGAAAAUAUUUGUCACGGGAGAAGCUGCGAAAACAUAUCACAAGGAUCGCGGGACCAGAGACAUAUUGGCCUCUUGGUUGGCAUCUUCACUGUGACCACGGUCGAUAAACUUUUUUCCUUCGAAAAAGUGAAUAAUACAAAGUGAUUACCUAACAACAUCGAAAAUGUAUAACAAUAUGUUUCGCGCGCGGACCGUGUAAGCCACGCCAAAUCAAAAUGUUUGCGACCAACCGCGUCUCGGUCACGUGGGCCUUCACCAUAUUGGCCGUGACCGCGAUGAUACGGGCCCACUGCCCGUCCAACUGCUCGUGUGACGAUGACACGCUAGUGGUGCUGUGCAAAGAAGGCAACCUAGACGUGAUCCCGAUCACGCUGAACCCGUCCAUUCAAAGACUGAUGCUCAUGUACAACCGCAUCAAGAUCGUGGACGCGUCGUUCCAGUUUUACGGCGCCCUGCAGUACGUGGACAUAUCACACAACCACCUGGUGAACAUACCCAACAAGGGCUUCGAGGCCCAGGAUAAGCUCGUCGAGCUCCACCUGAACCACAACAAGAUCUCGUCGAUGAACAACAAGACGUUCAUCGGGCUAACGUCGCUCACCAUACUAAACCUGCGCGGCAACUAUCUGGAAGACUUGCCCGACCGGCUGUUCGCCGCGAUGCCCAAGCUCGAGGAACUCGACUUGGGCGCCAAUCGCAUCACCCGCAUCGAUCCGGCUUCGUUUCAGGGCCUGACUCGACUCCGGGUGCUGUACUUGGACGACAACCAGCUCCGGGCUGUACCCACGCCCGCAUUCAAGUUCCUAGGAAACUUGGCCGAGAUGCGCAUUGGCCUGAACGCGUUCACUACACUGGACGACGAUUGUUUUGCGGGGCUCGGCCGUCUGUCCGUGCUUGAGCUUACCGGAGCGGCGUUGAUCAACAUCAGCAGCAACGCGUUCAAGGGACUGACCGUGCUCAGGCGGCUGGUGCUGACGGACAACCGACUGUCAGCCAUACCCACCAAACAGCUGUCCGAUCUGAACAGGUUGGAAGACCUGUGCGUGGGACAGAACGACUUUGUGACGAUCGAACCGAACGCGUUCAAAGGACUGGCAAACUUACGAUCGAUCGACGUGUCCGGCGCGUCUCAGCUGUCCGUCAUCAAAAAGGGCGUGUUCAACGACAACCUCAACCUGGAAACGAUCAACUUCAGUAGCAACAAACAGCUGGCGACCAUCGAAAACGGUGCUUUCAUGGGGCUGCCCAACCUCCGGAAUCUGAUCAUGCGCAACAACGCGUUCACGUCGUUCGCCGAGGGGAUGGUCACAUGGCAAGAAUUGCAGCAGAUCGACCUGACCGAAAACCCGCUGGUGUGCGAGUGUUCGGUACUGUGGCUCAAAGAGCUGCUGGCCCGCCGCAACACCAGCCACGUAAACUGCGCCAGCCCGGCACCGCUCAAGGAUAAACCGCUCAACUCUCUCGGUUCCGACGACCUGUCAUGUGCCAAAUACUACACCAGACAACAGGCCAUCGUGGGCGCGGUGUUCGGGUGCACGGUAGCGUUCAUAGCGCUCAUGUUGCUGUUGGCGUACCGGUUCCGGAAGCGUCUGCACCAUUCACUGAAGAAGACGUUCUGGAACAAGGAGACGGUGAACCGCAAGGACCUCGAGUACCAGAAGACGUUCUCGGACGACGAGUUCAUCGUCCGGAACUCUAACACGCAACACCACACCGGUCCUCACGGCAACCAAACGCAACAGCAACAGCAGCAGCAGCAGCAAUACCACCACCACCACCAGCCCCAACACCACACCCCGCAGCAGCACAACCAGUACCACAGUGGCGUACAGCAUCACGGCCAGCAGCAGCAGCACAAACAGCAGCACCACCACCUCCAAAACUUUCAGCAGCACAUCCAGCAGCAACAACACCAGCAUCACGGCAACGACCAUCACAUGAUGAUGAUGAUGUCGCCGGCACCGCCGCCCCCACCACCGCCGCCGCCGCACCACGGCACGUACAGCCAUCACAACCAACACCUGUACCAGCCGCAACAGCCGCGACACCAGAACACGAUGCCGCACCGCAACGACAAGCCGAUACCGGUCACGGAGCUGUAGCUAGAGCUUUUCGCCUCGACGCCGACGGGCGAGAGGCGAUACCAGACCGCCGGCACGUCCGACGGUACAACUAAUGUCACUGGUUUUUCGUACAUUUCCGGCGAAAUAAGCAAAUACGGAGGCGGCGGCCAAACGCUGAACAACCGAUCUCUGCCACCGCCCGGUUACCGCGUCUACCACCCGCACUCUCUCCGCCGUUUCUGCGACUCUUAAACCCAGCCACAAACAAUACACACUUGCCGACAACCCCGUUAUACUUGUCCCUCUGCCCCUGACGACCCCAAUCGCACCGACAAAAAAUCCUACUUGCGCACGAUCCCCUCGCCACCUUCCACCACCCGUCACGUCAUCCACUGAUAACCCGAUCUCCGGCUCGAGUGCUACUCGGACGUCGUGUUGUCGUCUCGACCGUGCCGGUGGCUGUGGAGAGGAGGAGAGGCCAAGUGGCCUUUGUAAACCAGUUAUGCGUCUCAACGAUCGCGUAACACGCAAAGCACGCGCUACGCCUCGUUGUAGGCACGUGUCGGUAUAUAUAUAGUAAUAUAUAUAUAUAUAAUAAUAUAUACCGUUUGAUAAGAAAUUCGAAAGAGUAAAGACUGCAGUCGUUGUGUUUUAUGGGAUACGUUCACGAUCGAGUCCGAAAAAAUAUUCAAUAUAGGAAAACCAAUGCCGUCGCGGCCGCCGCUACCAACACAUCAACAAUGUACGUGUGUUUGGAGAACGUUGGACACUCACACACACACACACUCACACACAGAUCUAGAUCUAGUCGUAGAAUAUUAGUAUAGAAGAUUAAUUUGCAAAAAAAAAAUUUUAAUUUUGUAAAAAAAGAUAAAUUAAUCAUUUUCCUUGUUGUAUUCUGUUCGAAUAUUUAUGUGAUCCAUUGUACGAGUCAGGCGUUCUUCUAUAAAUUAAUAAAAGUAUUGCUGUUGUAAUCCAAACCCGACGAUUUUUUUGUGCUAAUAAUGAUCAAUUUUAGAAAUCGUCAUUAUAUUAUGUGUAGCUCUCUACUUUUUAUAAAAUUAUUAUUACUAUCAUAAUAUGUAUGUUAUACAUUAAUAUUUAAAAUAACUUACUUAACAUA